CUUUGGCAAACUGCUUUCUUUUCAGUCCCUCCAACAAUCGUUUUUGGGCAGUGGACUUUCAGGGCACGGAGGACCUCCCCGACCCAAGUAUACUUCCCAAAAGGGCUAAUUCUCACUACUUCAGAUUCUUUCAAUAUUUUGAGGUCUCUUGUCUUUUCUGCUAAGCCUGGAAGCUCUCUACAUAAGAAUCCUGGAUUUCCUUCAUCUGGGCCUAGAUUUUUUUUUUAAUGUGCUGACCACCUGGAGUCCUUAGCCUUCAUCUCAGAGACCAGAUAGCUCAGUCACACCUGCGUUUUAAACAGUAGGCAUAUCAGCCUGUGGUUCUUUUUUCGAAUCCCUGAAGGCAGCAGAACUACGCAGCUGUGGCUCCUAACGUUUGCCAAGCCCAGGAAGCUCAACCGGGCAUAGUCACAGUGGCUGCUCUUCUCAGUAUCCUUGCUCUCCCACCCCUCACCCAACAGCCGCUCUGCAAAAAGACCCGCGGUACUCCUGAGCAGUUAAAGAGCCGGUUAAAGAACCCUGGGAACCCUGCAGUAUAACUCCUUUGGUUCUAACCCCGCAUUCUCAGAUACCUCACAGCCUGUAAGACUUACUAACUUGACUGUGAGGAUGAACGAUACCAAUUUCCCUUCUCCUUCGCCCUCUCCAUUUAUCCAGACUUUAUGUAGUUAUUUGACCGAGCCUCACACUAAAAUGGCUUCUAAACAACAAAAAUUAAAAAGUGCAAAAAAUCCCCUGCGGGUUAGGUGUGUUUGUGUUUGUUGUGUGUCCACCCGCGCUUGUGCAAAAUCCCCAAACGUCAUAGUUUGCAAUCCGAACAAGCGCUCCAAGAAAUGCAAGAUCUUUCCAGGGAUUUCCCCUACCCUGUCUUCUUCUUCGGCACUUCAGAAGAGGUAAGUCUGGGCUUUCUCGAACCGCUACUGCAGCCGUAGAGGUAAUGCCAAUCUGCGAUUUUUCCUGUCUUCUCUCGCUGCCAGCUCUUUUCUCAGGCGAACAGUCCCGAGCUCAGGGUUUCCUUCCGAUUCCCUUGUAAACGGUUGACCAGGGCAAGUCCUUUCCUGGUCGCGGCGAGAUCUCCUGCGGACCAGCGGCUCCGGCGUCGGCCUGGGACUGGGUCGUGAAUAGUGCUCAUGCAGCCCCCACCUUUCCCCGGGGCCUUGGGGAGCCGGGCUCUGGGCGUGUGUGUUGUGCGCGCGCACCAGCGCGCGCGCGCCCGCCCGCGGUCGGUAGGGAAAUCUGGGGAAGCUGCUGAGCGUUGCUGCCAGAGUGUUCUGGAGCUCAGCAAAAGCCUCCAAAGCACUUAAGCUUCCCGAAAGAAAAACGGAAUAAACGAAACGAAAAGAAGGGAAGCUUAUUCCCCUAAAGCCGGGGUUUCCAGUAGUCCUGGAGAGGCGUAGUUGGCAGCGGCCCCUGCUCACACCCGGACUUGGAAAGACGGUUUUAGCCGGUUUCGGGAGGAGAGAGGUGAGGGACUUGCAGGACCUGGUCUAGGAACCUGCAGAGAGAACUCUGGGGAGGUAAACGGCCCUGGAGCGGAACAGCCACCGUCUGACUAUGCCCCGAUGAGGAGGGCGGACUUCGAGGGCAACUCGUCGCGGACUGCCUGGGCUUAGCCAGCAAGCUGCGAGCUGCCAGCGGGACGGAACUGCGCGGCACGGCCCGGCGGGGGGCUAUCUUCUAUGUCUUCUUGGGGCGCAAGGCGGAUCGGGGUCUCAUUUUUGCAGGAAGAGCGCUGCACUGGUGGCUUCAGGUGGCUGUCGCCGCCGCUGCUAGUGCUGUUUCUGCCCCUUGUGCGAGGAGCAAAGACCGGCGAGCGGGGACACUUCCCGGGCAGCGAGGCAUCGGAUAUGUGUCAGCACAUCUGGGGCGCACAUCCGUCGAGCCCGAGGGGAGAUUUGCUGGAACAAUUCAAACUGCGAUAUUGAUCUUGGGGGUGACUGUCCCUGGCUGGCUGUCUGGUGGGAGUGCGAGUGUGCGCUCGCUGGGAAGUGUGUGCGCGUGUGCAUGUGUGUGUGCCGUGUGGGGGCCCCCCUUCCCCCCUGUUUUCCCGUCGAGUGAUGCACUUGGAAUGAGAAUCAGAGGAUGGAAAUAGUCUGGGAGGUGCUUUUUCUUCUUCAAGCCAAUUUCAUCGUCUGCAUAUCAGCUCAACAGAAUUCACCAAAAAUCCAUGAAGGCUGGUGGGCAUACAAGGAGGUGGUCCAGGGAAGCUUUGUCCCAGUUCCUUCUUUCUGGGGAUUGGUGAACUCAGCUUGGAAUCUUUGCUCUGUGGGGAAACGGCAGUCUCCAGUGAACAUAGAGACCAGUCACAUGAUCUUCGACCCCUUUCUGACGCCCCUUCGCAUCAACACUGGGGGCAGGAAGGUCAGUGGGACCAUGUACAACACUGGAAGACACGUAUCCCUGCGCCUGGACAAGGAGCACUUGGUCAACAUAUCAGGAGGGCCCAUGACAUACAGCCACCGGCUGGAGGAGAUCCGACUGCACUUUGGGAGUGAGGACAGCCAAGGGUCGGAGCACCUCCUCAACGGACAAGCCUUCUCUGGGGAGGUGCAGCUCAUCCACUAUAACCACGAGCUAUAUACAAAUGUGACAGAAGCUGCGAAGAGCCCAAACGGAUUGGUGGUAGUUUCUAUAUUUAUAAAAGUUUCUGACUCAUCAAACCCAUUCCUUAAUCGAAUGCUCAACAGAGAUACUAUCACAAGAAUAACAUAUAAAAAUGAUGCAUAUUUACUGCAGGGACUUAAUAUAGAGGAACUGUAUCCAGAGACCUCCAGUUUCAUUACAUAUGAUGGAUCGAUGACUAUCCCACCCUGCUACGAGACGGCAAGCUGGAUAAUAAUGAACAAACCCGUCUAUAUAACCAGGAUGCAGAUGCAUUCCUUACGCCUGCUCAGCCAGAACCAACCCUCUCAGAUCUUUCUGAGCAUGAGUGACAACUUCAGGCCCGUCCAGCCACUCAACAACCGUUGCAUCCGCACGAACAUCAACUUCAGUUUACAAGGGAAGGACUGUCCGAACAACCGGGCCCAGAGGCUGCAGUAUAGAGUAAAUGAAUGGCUCCUCAAGUAGGGAACUAAGCCAAGAAGAAUCCCACCUCAGUGAAAUGCCACAACUGUGAACUGACAUAACCUAAAAUGUCCCCCUCCUUCCUUCUCUCUCCUUCUCUCCCUCAAGCCUCAUUCACUCUUUGGAUUGGCCCUUUCUUCAUGAAAACUGUCUGCAAAACCUUGGCAGAAGAACACAUCUCUUACACACACUCACCAACACACAUACAAACACUCACACACACAUACACACACAGGCAAACAUAGCUACACACACACACACACACACACACACACUCAGCCUCCAAGAUGGGAAGUCAAGUUUCAGAAACAAAAGGCUCAUUCAUAAGAGGUCUUAGAAGAAAAAAAAAAAAAAACGGUUAACCUGAUUACAAUUUUGAUACUGUUUUCCUGAACAAAUAAAUCUACCCAAUGAGACUGUUCAGCCUUUGUACAUACAAAAUUCUUCCAAAAGAGAGAGAGAAAACACAGUUCUGACAGCAUCAAGUGGAUUUUGUUCUUUGCUUCAAGUAAUCUCGGAUAGUGUCCCAGGAUCCUUCGAGGGUGCUGGUGACAGGUGAACCAGGACAAAGUUGUCCAAGGACACUUAUUACUAGAUUAUGUUUCUUCUGUUUACUCAACAAUUUAAAAAGAAAAAAAAAGAACAGACAUUGAAGAGAUACACAUUGUAUAUAUAUAUCACCACAGACUAUUAAAAAAUGGAACUAUUUCCCCUCUUUGUCACAUAUCUGUAGUAGGAUUUGCCAAGAUCAGAUUGAUCCAUUUGCUGUUUCUUGUUUUCCAAAGGUCAUACAUUGUGUUUGGUUAUUGUUAACAGCUCAAUAAAUGUGUUUAACGAGUUAAUUUCAUCUUUCUGGCUUUGGUCUGUUCUCCGUCCUUACAGGCUCCAUGCAACUGCUUUCUUUGCUUUCACUUGCUCCUUCAUUUACACGUUUUGUUCAUUUGCAGCCAGUUUUUUACUGAGUUUGUGGCAACUGGGAAUGCAUUUGCUAAGCAAGCAUAACUGUAAUUCCACUCCAUGGCUUGAUCAUUCAUACGAGGUGAGCUUCAGCCUGAGAUAGCAGGCGAUAGAUUUCUUGCAUUUCAAAACUGCCAUUAUCCACCCCACCCCUCCUUCGUGAUGCUCCCUUGAAGGAAUGCACUUUGCCUUGUAAAUUCCUGGGAAAGGGGUGUCUUUUUCUCUCCAGGUGCAGCUGGAAUCUCACAAAGUACAAAUGAAUGCCUUUCUUUUCUUGUUUAUAAUGGUCACUCACUGUGUUUGGUUACUGUCAAGAAAUCAAUAAAUGUGUUUAACAAGUUACCCAGUA